AUGCAACCCUCUCUCUCGCUGUUGUACGCAGCAUACUCCCACCGCCCAACAUCAAUCCUUCGCCGCCCAUCUCCCAUACUACCUUCAAUUUCGGCCCCUGUUUCUUCUUCAUCAACACUGCCCUUAGUGCUUACCGAUGUGCAACAUAUUUCUGCUCUCUUUCUGCAACAACUAUUCACAACUCAACCUACAUCAUCGCCUUCAUCCAAUAUCACGAGCCUUCGUCCGCUUCUUAAGGAAACAGUUUCAGCAAAUCAAGCUUUGGUUCUCCGCGAGCUUCAGUUUCCUGUCUCCGCAACCGUGUUGUUUCCAGCAAACCAUCCGCGAGUUACUUCUGUUGUUCCGCUUUGUGAUGCAGGUCUUCGUCUGAUUCCCUCUGCCAUCGUUGUGCUCGAUAGGUACGAGUGA